AUGGGGUCUGGGCACAAGAAACACGAGAGCAGAAACCCCAUUAAGUCUGAAAGGACGUUGGGUGUCUCAGAAGGCUUUUCUGAUGCCUGGGGAUGCAUCUUCCUGACAAAUGGACUCCAGGAAUCAAGGGGAAACACAGGUGCUCCCAAAGACCAGAGCUGCGAUGGCUGGAUGUUGAGCGAGGCUCCUGGGGAAGGGCAUGUCACAGGACAUGUCGUCCAUGUGACAACACCCUACAAAUCAGACACUGUACAUGAUGGUUUUGCUUUCCACCUCUUUUGUAAAAGCAAAAAAUCCUGUCCAGAUUGCUUUCCAUUUGCAAAAGCAGAUGCUAUUGCAAGUCUCUUAAAAGUGAAAUGGAACAAUGAAGCCCCCAAUGUGUCCAGUGUCACUGAAUUUCAGCUGUUAGGAUUCCAGAACCUUCUUGGAUGGCAGACACUGCUCUUUGCCAUCUUCUUGUUCAUCUACUUUCUCACAGUCACAGGAAAUGUUGUUAUUAUUGCAGUGGUGAGCCAGGACCAGCAGCUGCACUCACCCAUGUAUGUAUUUCUCAAACACCUCUCAUUUCUAGAGAUCUGGUAUACAUCCACCAUCGUGCCCCUUCUCCUAGCCAACCUGUUCUCUCACGGCCAAGCCAUCUCCUUCCCUGCCUGUAUGGCACAGCUUUACUUCUUUGUGUUCUUUGGGGCUACUGAGUGCUUUCUUCUGGCCAUGAUGGCCUAUGACCGAUACCUGGCCAUCUGCAGCCCACUCCACUACUCUUUCCUGAUGAGUCCUGAGAUCUGCACCAGGUUGGUGGCAGUCUCCUGGUUGACAGGUGUUGGCACAGGAUUUCUGCCCUGCCUAAUGAUUUCCAAAUUGGAUUUCUGUGGUCCUAAGCAGAUCAGUCAUUUCUUCUGUGAUCUCCCUCCCCUCAUGCAGCUCUCAUGUUCCAAUGUGUAUGUCACCAGGAUGGUCAUCUUCAUCCUGUCAAUUGCAGUGCUGUGCAUUUGCUUUCUUCUUACACUUGUGUCCUAUGUUUUCAUUGUAUCUACCAUACUGAGAAUCCCUUCAGCAUCUGGACGGAUGAAGACCUUUUCCACAUGUGGCUCCCAUUUGGCUGUUGUCACUAUCUACUAUGGGACCAUGAUCUUCAUGUAUGUUCGCCCCAAUGACCACCUGUCACCUGAAAUCAACAAGAUCAUUUCUGUCUUCUACACUGUGGUCACUCCACUCCUGAACCCUGUUAUCUACAGUUUGAGGAACCAAGAAUUCAAAGAGGCUGUUAGAAAAGUCGUGAGAAAAAAGUGCAGUAUCUAUGGAGUAAGAGUGAAGGGGAGUUUCUUUGUUAGCUGCUGGCCCGCCCUUAAAGGGGCAUACACACAGUUGGCGGCCUUCGCUCAGGCGCUCUUGCCCUCCGGUCCCGCCCUGAAGUGGGCGGAGUUUGCGGCCCCCGCGCGGGAGUCCGCUCCUGCGCUCGCCUCGCCGGCCGCCGCGGGCUGCCCCUCCCGGCGGAGGCAGCGCCUGCGUCUGCGCGUCCUGCGCUGGGGCGUCGCCUGUGCGUGGCCGCUGUUUGUGCGGAGGGGCGGCUGCGGGGAUGAGGGCACAGUGCUGUGCGACGGCUCCAGCUCACAAUGA